GCAGUAGUGCGCAAUCUUUGUGAUUUUUCAACCGCCACAAAAAAAUGCUAGCAGAAGAAGAGUUUACCUUUUCCUCUCAAAACAGAAGCUGUGACGGAUGGAAGCGUGUCGUGUUAUGGGAGACUUACGAGUACUCGAGUUAUACAGCGGCAUAGGAGGGAUGCAUUAUGCAUUAAAAGAGAGUGGCAUACCUGCCCAAGUUGUGGCUGCUGUUGAUAUCAAUACAACAGCCAACCAAAUCUACAAGUACAACUUCCCUGAAACCCCCCUUUGGAACAAAACCAUUGAGGGUAUAAGCUUAGAUGACUUUAAUAAGUUGUCUUUCGAUAUGGUAAUGAUGAGCCCACCUUGCCAGCCUUUCACCAGAAUAGGCCUUCAGGGUGACAUUGCCGAUCCCAGAACAAAGAGCUUCCUCUACAUUCUUGAUAUUUUGCCAAGGCUGAGCAAGCUUCCUCAUUUCAUCCUCCUGGAGAAUGUGAAAGGCUUCGAAAAAUCUUCUGCCAGGGAUCUUCUGUUAAGGACACUAAUCCAAUGUGGAUACAAUUUCCAGGAGAUCAUGGUCUCACCCACAAGUGUUGGGAUCCCAAAUUCCAGGCUGCGUUACUUCCUGAUUGCUAAACUUUCAGCAGGAGAUCUGAAUAUCCAGACAAGUUCAGAGAUUUCUGAUGUCUUUCCACACCUGGCUGACAGUGCCCCCCCCACGCAUCCCUCGGCCUUGUCAGUUGCCGAGCAGGUAAAAGAGGAAAUUCCCGGCGGCCCGGUGCUUUAUAAACGUGAAACCAGGACGGACGCUCAGAGGAAAACCACCCAGAACCAGGACCCAUCUGUCAGGCAGAUUCAAGACUUCUUGGAGCCGGAGCUGGAUGUAGACAUGGAACAGCAUCUCCUUUCCCCUAAAACGUUGCUCCGCUACGGGGCCAUCUUGGACAUUGUUCGGCCAAAAUGCAGGAGAUCUGUCUGCUUCACCAAAGGUUAUGGGAGGUACGUAGAAGGAACCGGCUCAGUGCUGCAGUGCUGCACAGAAACUCAGAUUGACAGCGUGUUUAAUGGUCUGGACCAGCUCCCUGAGGAGGAAAAAAUACAGCAGUUGCUGACACUGAAGCUCCGUUAUUUUACUCCCAGAGAAGUAGCCAACCUCAUGGGCUUCCCUCACAAUUUCUCUUUUCCGGGGGAGAUCUCUACCAUUCAGCGAUACAGAGUUUUAGGAAAUAGUCUUAAUGUCGUGGUGGUAGCCAAACUUCUACAGACGCUGCUCUCCUGAAGAACAUUUUGCCACCAGGUGCCUUCUGCCACACUUCUAUGUUUGAAAAUCAUGUUUUUAGGGAUGUUAGCAGGACAAAUGUUCUGCGAAAAUCUUUACUAAAUUGCAAACACAAUUUUAAAAUGACCAAAUGAAACAACAUGAAAACAAAAUAUUAUAUUUUCAAAAUAGAAGUACCUAUAUAUUAUUAAUGUGUUGUCGAAGUAAUACCUGUCAAUGAUUUCGCACCACACAUUAAAAACCAUUUCACUUUCUAGUUGGUCUCCCAAUUUUGAGAAAAAUACUUUAAAUGUUGUUAAACCUCUAAAAUCUAAUCCUCUUUUUAAUAAUUCUGACAGUUUUCAGUAAACCCUAAUGUUUAAUUCUACAAAUUACUAUAUUUGACCGCUAGCACGUGCUUUAAAAAUGUAACUUUAUGUCAAUAGAAUAAAGAAAUGUGACUUUCUAGCUGCUUGGUUUUAGUCAGGCUACUUCACAAGUGGUGAUUAAAGGGACUCUGCCCGUUUGGGCAUCAACAUGUCAAAUAUUUUGUUGGGUUAGGGUUAUU